AUCGAAUGUGGGCCGACGGCAGCGUCGCUGAGCUGGCGCGGCUCCGGGGCGUGCUCGCCCGGGCGCCGAGCCUUGCGCCGACGCAUGCGAGCGCCAACUUGCGCGUGAACAAGUGGGACUCGCUCGUGCUCGACUCGGAGAUCCUCGCGCUCAUGAAGCACCCGAUCAAGAGCAUGUUUGCGCUCUUCCAGCCCGGCUUGAUGGAGAAGUACCAGCCCGAGAUCGAUGGCGUCACGUACGCGAUGCUCUUUGCGCUCUCCGUGGGCAUGCACCAGCCAACGCCGGGCAUGAAGCUCCAGAACCUCCAGUUCGCCAAAGAGUGCUUGACUUGGAAGAAGACACUGCCGCUCUUCCUCCUCUCGGUGGGUCUACCGUAUGCAUGGAAUCGCAUCCAUCGCGCGCUCUUGAGCUACCGCUGGCGCGAAGACCGGUCGACCGAGGCCGAGGACCAAUACCAGCACUUUUUGAACCUCGUGCACCGCGUGAGCACGGUCGCGUCGAUCUUGAAGCUCGCGAACCACCUCGCGUUCUGGAAGCAGGGCGAGUACCGCAGCGUGCCCGAGCGCCUCGUGGGCAUGAAGCUCGCGCCGCUCACGCGCUCGGUAGCGCCGCGCGCCAUAACGUUCGAGUACAUGAACCGGCAGCUGGUCUGGGACGGCUUUGUCGAGUUUUGCUACUUUGCGCUGCCGCUCAUUAACUGGCAGCGUGCCGGGCUUUGGCUCAAGCAGCGCGGAAAGCAGCUUCUCGGCCCUGACGUUAAUAGCGACGACCACGCCAGCGGCGUCGGCCCUUGCGCCCUCUGCAACGCCACGCCGGCCAAGACGCCGUACAUUACGACGUGUGGCCACCAAUACUGCUACUACUGCCUCCAAACGGCCGUCGCAACCGACCCGACCUUUGUGUGUGCGACGUGCGGCGAUGUCUUUGACGCAUCCGAGCGGCUCUCGGCGGCGCACGUUUCGCCUGCGCUGCUGCACAUGUAAAACCAGUCGUCGUACACGAGUAGGCACCAUAUAUGAUGUCGCAAGGCGUCGAAAAACGAGUCAUCAAC